AUGCAUCAGGUAAAUAGCGACGGCCUCGAGACUGAAGAGAGGGAGAUGAGUACUGCUCUUGGCCAGUCUGCCCCACUCCCCUCGAGCAUGGAGGCAGGUAUGGGACGGUCUGUGGCGAUGCUGGGGCUGUCGGCGAGUGUCGGGGGAGCAGAGAUGGAACUGCAAAAGAUACUGAUUGAUGAACGGAUGAAGAGUGAAAACCACAGGACCAACUAUCAGACACUCAAGGCAGAGCACACCAGUCUCCAAGAUGAGUUCACCAGAGCACAGCAUGAUCUGCGGCGGUUGUUGAGUGACCGACAGACUCAACAGGAGAGACAGCAGCUGCUUUUGGCUGAGCUCAGAGGAGAACUGCUGGACAAGACCCGGGAGCUGGAGGACCUGCGACUGCAGAUCAUGACCCCUCAGCGUCUGGAGUUGCUUAGAGCUCAGGUCCAACAGGAGAUGGAGGGCCCCAUCAGAGAGCGCUUCAACAAGCUUGAAGAGGAGGCGGAAAGAUACAGGUCUGAGUACAACAAACUGCGGUACGACUUCACGCUUCUCAAGUCUCAGUUUGACCAUCAGCAGGAGGAGCACUUCAGGACCCUGGAGGAGCGCAAGAUUGUCUAUGAAGCCGAGAUUUGUCGCCUGGAGAAGGACCGGGAGGACCUGGUGGCUCAGUUCCAGGGCGUGGACCCCCUGUGUGACGGUAAGCGUGUGGAGGUGCUGCUCAGGGAGAAGGCCCAGCUUGUGAUGCGGCUGAAGGGGCUGCAGAUGGAGGUCACCGAGCUCCGGGCCCAGAGGGAGAACUCCGGGCAACAGGCAGAGAGUGUGCAGCGCAUUCAGGUUCGGCAGAUCUCUGAAGCCCAGGCUGCUGUCAAGACUUUGGAGGCAGAGCGUCAGUCGUUGCGUUUGCAUUUGGAGCGAGUUGAGACUGAACUGAAAUCCACUCUCGAACAGAACUCUGAUCUCACAGGAAAACUACACAAAGCAGAAAGAGAAGUCAACUCUCUCAACUGCCAGAUUGACAGCAUGAAGCAUUCUCACAAACUGGAGCUGGCCACAGUGAAACUUGAGUGUGCUCGGUCCAAGGCAGAAGUGGAGCGGGACAAGGAGGCGCUCCAGGCCCAGAUCGAUGGUCUGCAGUCAGAUGUAGAGGUGCUGAGGGUGACUGUGGAGCGACAUAAAGAAGUGUUGGUGGAGAAGGAGCGCGAGGCAGUGAGGAGAGUCCAGGCGGCUCGAGAAGAGGACUUCAGGACCACUGCAGUGCUGCACGAAGAGAAAUUGGAAUUGGAGAACCGUCUCGUUACGUUGGAGCAGCAGAGGGCGCUGUAUGAUUCUGCAGCUCAGGCCCAAAAAGAGGAAUGGGAGGAGCGGAUAAAGAGCAGCCAGCAUAGUGAGGAGGCGGUCAGGAGAGAGCUGCAAAAUCUCAGGUCAAAGCUUCACCAGCAGAGCCUACAGCUGGAUGAACUGGAAAGGCAGAAAGCAGAGGUUUCGGAGCUGAAGAGACAAAACCAAGAGCUCAGUAUGAAACUGGGGACACUGUCUCACACAGAGAGUGAGCUGACCGAGGCCAACCAGAGGCUCCGAGAAGCUCUGGACAAAACCCGAGAAGAGUUGAGGGGAUCACAAGCCCAGGCCGAGAGGAGCCAGCACCAGGCUGACAGAUCACUGGAGGACCGUCGCCUGGAGUGGCUUCAGGAGAAACACAUCCUUCAGGAGCGAGAGUCAGAACUGCAGCAGAAAUACAGUCAGCUCAAAGAGAGGCUGCAGAGGGCGGCCAACGCACAGAAGAAGAGGAAAACACUGACUGAGAACAGGGAGCGUAAACUUCAUGACAGAAUCCAGCUGCUUGAGGCCAAAGUCGAGGAGGUAGAACUGGAGGCCGAGGCUGCUAAAAAACAAGCGACCCACUCUGAGGAGCGUGUGCGGCUGAGUAGACAGCUCAAAGAGCUGCAGCGGCGGCACAAUGAGUUCCGGCAGCUCCUACUGGGGGGUCAGGGCUCCUUAAGCAUUGGCCCCCCGUUCAUGAGCUCGUCCCCCCGUCACAUGUUCACUGGACCCAAGUCAGAAGGAGCUGCCCCCAACAUCACAGACUCCCAACUCACAGACCUCUCUGUGCUUCGUCAGAGACUUUUGGAUUUGGAAAACGCACAAGUUGAACAAAUGGAAGAAUUGGCAGAUGUGGGGAACAGGCCCUCUACUCAGGGCGACUCCUAG